AUGGCGAGCUUUGGUCCCGGUGACUGCACGUUAGCAACCUGCCCCGUUGAGAAGGGCUGGCUUUCUAGCCCUCCUCCGAUCGAAGGCACCGCCUUUAUGCUAGCAGCCUUUGCGAUUCUCGUUCCCAUCAAUCUGUGGGUUGGCGCGAGAUGCAGGACAACGGUAUACAGUUUGAGUAUGAGCGCAGGUCUCCUCCUGGAAGUGGCGGGCUACGCCGCGAGGCUUCUACUCCGGAAAGACCUCGCCAGCAAGUCUUACUUUGUUCUGUCUCUUCUCGGGACCGCUUUGGGGCCAACACUGAUCACUGCGGCCGUCUACACCAUCUUGCCGCACGUUUUCGCUAUAUACGGCAGUGAUCUUUGCAUCACGCUGGAGCCAGUCUGGCUGAACUCCUUCUUUUUCGCUUUUGACGGCUUCACUCUGGCAUUCCAGGCUGUAGGUUGCGUUUUCGCGGCUAAAGGGUACAAUAUGGUCGAGAUCCAGCAAGGCGUGAACGUCCUCAUUACCGGUCUCGCUCUUCAACUCCUGAGCCUGGUGGGGUUCUUUGGGUUAUACUUUUGGUUCAUGUCUCGGGUUUUCCGCAAUAGAGAGUUCUUGAAUCCCCGGUUCUCUGACAUCUACCUCUCGGCAAGGUUCAAGACGGCGCUUUUGUGCAUGCAGUUGGCUCUGGCUUUGAUUCUCGCACGGACGGUCGCUCGAAUGAUUCAACUGGCCGGUGGACUGGCUUCGGGUCUAUCUCAAUCACAUAUAUACUUUCUCGUGCUCGACGGCACUCUGAUCCUCGUCGCGGCCAUAAUAAUGACACUGCUCCCUCCCGGUCCAGCAUUUGGACGAGCUUGGGGACCAACAUCACCUUCGAGAAAGAAAGCACGGCGUCAUCUUCUCGCUCUUUAUCCAGCACAACGGAGCCUUGGGUCGCCAUUGCUCGCCAUGCGCCCCAGCUUUGCCACUUCGCCAAAUGCAUACAGGCUUAGCUACAGUACAGCCAGUAAAGAACCUCGCUCACCACCACCAUCAGUCACCACCGACGCAAAUUCAAUGGGACAGUCAGGGCUCUGCUGCGGAAACCGCCGCUUCUCCAAUAGAAGACAGGCGCCAGCACAAAUGACGGGCGAGUCUGAGCCCCCGCCUUACGAAAGACCUCUGAGCACACUCACCCGGGUGCCUUUCGUACCACCGCGGGCUUUGACUCUGAGCCAGCAAUAUGGAAACGGACCAAUCGUGGAGUCAGAAGUGAUUGCGCCCGGGAGUGACGGGUCUAGGACUGGGGGAUCCGCUGGCUCAGGAGGACUUGGAGGAAGGACGAGGACGAGAAGCACGCCGAAGAGCGAGGACGUCCUGGUGAGGCAUGACUCCAUCUGGUGA